GCAGUCCCUUCUUCCACUUCCCCAGCGCGUAUCCCUCGCCCGAUUGAUUCAUUCUUAUCCUUGAUUCGGCUUUCAGUGAGCGAGAAGAGGGGAAUAACCCUAAUUUAUCUUUGUUUUCUUUUCAUGUUUCGCUCUUGGAAAUCAACGAUUUCUGCUCGAUAAUCGUAGAUUCCGGUCGGUCUGUGCUCUAAAAUGCGGUUUGUUUCGCUGGCAAUCUGAGAUUAAGGAAGAAUUGCCAGGGAUUAGCUGCUCGCCAUGGCGGAGAACCCUCGGAGAUUUUCUGUAGGAUACGCGCUUGCUCCCAAGAAACAGCAGAGCUUCAUCCAGCCUUCGCUUGUCGACCUUGCACGGCAAAGGGGCAUCGACCUUGCCCCCAUCGAUACCUCCCGGCCCCUUGCCGACCAGGGCCCCUUCGACUGUGUGCUCCACAAACUCUACGGCGAGGAGUGGAAUGGUCAGCUCGAGAAUUUUGCCGCAAGAAACCCUAGCGUCCCCAUCGUCGAUCCACCCCAGGCUAUCGAGCGGCUCCAUAAUCGCAUCUCUAUGCUUCAGGUAGUGUCGGAGCUCGAAAUCCCCCAGGAGCGUGAAACCUUCGGGAUUCCUAGCCAGGUCGUGAUCUAUGAUUCUGCCGCCCUCUCCAACUCUGGCGUCGUCGGGGCCCUUCGCUUCCCUGUCAUUGCUAAGCCUCUGGUGGCCGAUGGCAGUGCUAAGUCCCAUAAGAUGUCGCUUGUUUUCCACCGUGAUGGCCUGCUAAAGCUGAAACCACCGCUUGUGCUGCAGGAGUUUGUAAACCACGGCGGAGUUAUAUUCAAGGUGUACGUGGUGGGGGAUUAUGUGCAGUGCGUGAGAAGGAAGUCCCUUCCUGAUGUCUCUGAAGAUAAAUUGGAGUCUGCUGAGGGGGCCGUCACUUUCUCCCAGGUGUCCAAUUUGACUGCACAGGAUCCAACGGAGGUAGAAUACUACAUGCAUCUGGAUGAGGCAGAGAUGCCUCCAUUGAGCUUUGUCACCGAGAUAGCUAGAGGUUUGAGGCGGGCUACGGGAUUACAUCUUUUCAAUUUUGAUGUGAUCAGGGAUGUGAAGGUUGGGAACCACUACCUUGUGAUCGACAUCAACUAUUUUCCUGGAUAUGCAAAAAUGCCAUAUUAUGAGAAAGCUUUGACAGACUUCUUCUGGGACGUCGUUCAUGAAAAGAAAGGACAAGGCGCUGGAGAUGUGGCCAUCGGCAAUGAGGAAAAAUAAUGUGAAAGAUAGUAAGGGGAGUGGAGAAUGCUUCCCUGAGCUUCAUGGAUAUGUCUUCUGCUUCUUAAAAAUCUAGUCUUCCUCAAAAAAUUGAAGGUACAAUUUGCACUUUUCUGCAAGAUAAGGCGUCCAGAGCACUGCAAGUGUCGGUGCAUGUUUUGUGUUUUGCCGAAUAAGUAGGUUUGGUAGUUGUUAGUUUUUAACAUGGGAAUGAGUUCAUUUGGUUCUUCCAUUGAAUAAUUAGUCAUGCCACCAUUAAGUUUUAACAUGCUUCCUCUGGUUAGUUAGGAGUGUGAGGUCAGUCCUUUAUCUGAAAUAUGAAGGAUUUUUUGUUACAUGUAGCUUGCCAUUUAGCAUUAUAUUUAAUCUUUCUUGCUAUUUA